AAUAAUAAUGUUUUUUUUUUUAUUUUGUAUGAAGGCUUUACCGGUGUAUUGGAUGCUUAUGCAAUCGAAAACAGCUGCUGCGUAUCGGACUGGUUUGCAAUUUUUUAAAACUCAAGUGGCCUCCCAUAUUGUUCCUGAUAAUGUAAUGACCGACUUUGAAUCGGGUUUAAAAGCUGCAGUAAGAGUAAUAUACCCGGAAGCGCAUCAUAAUGGUUGCUUCUUUCAUUUUUGCCAAGCGCUGAUGAAAAGAUUAAAAAAAGAUUAAAAAAGAUAAGCUAUUUAAUGCUAUAAGAACAUGGAAGUAUGGCCAAAUAAUUAUACGGAAGUUCAUGGGAUUAGCUUUUUUACCAGCAAUUGAUAUCACACGCGCAUAUCAUUGGUUGUUAAACGCCAUUCCUGAAGAUAUAAAAAAUAGACUUCAUCCGUUCAUUGUGUAUUUUGAUGAUGAAUGGAUCGUUAGAACGCCACCUACUAUGUGGAGCAUCAUGAAUUUGGACAAUGGAACAAACAACUUCACCGAGAGUUAUAAUAAAAAAGCAAAUUCCCGGUUUGGAAUUCAUCCAUCAAUAUGGAAAUUUACAGAAAUACUCACUAAUCUUCAGGCAAUAACACGAAUUGAAUCAGCAUCAUUAGAAGAUGGAGAAGAUAUAACAAGACAACGUCAAGUGCCCGAAGAAAUUUAUCGAGAAUCAAAAAUAAAAAAAAUUUGGGAAUUGUACAAAGCAGGAACAUUAGAUUUUGUAAACUUCUUUGCCUGUAUUAGCAAUGUUUCGAAUGCAUUUCGAUCAAAUCGUUAUUUUGAUGUAGAAGGCAAUUCUGACGACAACAAUUACGCUAAUCUGCUGGUUUUUCUGGAAGUUGACGUCAUGGAUCUACAAUAAGCUCAAGCACGCAAAUUACCCACGGAGAGUUACAUACUGACAUACUGACAUACUGACAUACAAGUGAAGCUAAUAAUAAAAAAAAGCGUGUAAAAAUAAAGGAGUUGUCUUAAAAAGGAUGGGGAUAGGUGAAGAAGAGGAACCAGAUAUCGACCGUGUGGACAUGUAGUAACUUGUGAGCAAUGCAAUACUGGAAGGUUUGAAAGAAGACGGCGGCUGCCCAAUUUUAAAACACAGUAACUGCAAAAUUUUUACACCUAAUUUUUUUUAGUAUUGCUGCAUUUUUUA